AUGGAGGACAUCGUCGACCUCUGCCGGCAUGUCAACCCGACAAUGGUGGAGGCGGACAAGGCCGUCUUCGUGGCGCUGUGCCUAGCAGGUGCCGUUUCCGGCGGCGCCGUCUAUCCCGCCCCGUCCCCACUUUACGCCCCGGCACCCGUUCUGGCAGCUCCCCGCGUCUAUGCCGCUCCCGCAAAGCCCCUGGUCGCUCCUGUCGCUGCGGCGCCGGUGACGGCGCAGUCCUACUCGUUCGGUUACAACUCGGCUGACGAGUUCGGCACGCGCGUCCAGCGCCAGGAGUCCAGCGACGUGAACAACGUGCGCACGGGCUCGUACGGCUACGCCGACGCCAACGGCAUCUUCCGCCACGUCCAGUACGUCGCCGACGCCGGCGGCUUCCGCGCUGCCAUUGACACCAACGAACCGGGCACCGCCCAGGGACAAACGGCUGGCGCCCUUUACAACGCCGCGCCGCUGCCGGCCGCCCCAGUGGCCCGUCCCGCACCCGUGGUCGCCGCAGGGCCGUACAAGCCCGCCGCCGCCGUACCCGUAGCGGCACCGUACGCAGCGUACGCAGCCAAGCCGGCCGCCCCUCCUGCACCACUGUACGCUCCGGCGCAGCCCAAGUACGCGGCCGCCGCGCCAGCGUUUGCCCCGGCGCGAGCUGUCGCGUAUGGACCCAAAUAUUUAUAA